AUGAUACAGGCGUGCAUAGCAGAAAAGCAUACUGCAAUAAGCCCUGUGGCGCCGAUUGCAGCAGCAGCGCUCAAUCCGUCGCUGAUGUGCUUACCGGCGCUAUUUGAUCACUUUGGAGGUGAAAUAUUACGGACUCAUAUGAAUCCAGCAGCUACACAAUUUAAGCCAAUACCAAACAAUGAGCGUGUCGAUCUAACACGAUUUAUUUCUAAAGAACCACAGGAAUGGACUAUGGGCGAUGUUAUUGCAUGGUUAUUACAUGUUGCUAAACGGAAUGGUAUCCCAUUCGAAGAUUUAGAAAUGCAAAAAUUUGCAAACUGUACUGGUAUGAUGUUGAUCCAGAUGCGUGAAAUCGAUUUUAAACAACGAGAUGCCGUAUAUGGUUCACUGUUAUAUGCUGAAUUCAGGAAAUUAUUAACCGAAGAAAGAUUUACUGAUCAGUGUCCUUAUAAAUUACCAGGAAAAGCAAGCACGAGUCGAGUACCGGAUGACACAAGAAUCUCCAGUAUCAGUAGUGGACUAUCCGUUAAUACCAGUACUUUGUCUUCACUUCUGGUACCUGAUAGUGAUCCGAUCAGUUCGUCAAGCAUGCAGCCUUUAGAUACAUUAUCCCAAGUCGGCACUGAUAUCGUUGGUACCUUCAACUUCAAUUCACCUGUUGGAUCCGAUGAAACCUUUAUGUUACGACCAACGUAUUGCAAAGUCCGAAAAAAUAAGGAUGGAAGGCCAAGGAAGCACUCACAACAUUCCAAAGGGAACAAAUUAUGGGAAUUCAUACGUGAUGCUUUGAAAGAUCCCAGUACUUGUCCAAGUGUUGUACGGUGGGAGGAUCCAGCAGAAGGCGUUUUCCGAAUCGUUGAAUCGGAAAAAUUGGCACAGCUUUGGGGUGAACGGAAAAACAAUCAAAAAAUGACCUACGAAAAACUCAGCCGAGCUAUGAGGACGUACUAUGAAAAGCGAAUAUUGGUACCGGUACCGAAAACAGGACUCUAUCCAAAGAAAUUAGUGUAUAAAUUUGGACCAAGUGUUCUAGCGCUUAAUGCUGUAGCUUGCUUCAAGAAAUUACGCUUCCGAUGCGGCUUCACAAAAAAUUCCGCAUUUGUAAAAUAUUGA